GCCCCGCCCGCAGCCCUUGCAGGAGAGGCCGAAGCAGCUAGGCUGGGUGUCCCGGGGCGCUGGGUGCAGCCAUGGCCGGGGCGCGCCCGGGGGUCCACGCGCUGCAGCUGGAGCCGCUGCGGGUCCCCGAGACCCUGAUCCGGGGCAGCAAGUUCAUCAAAUGGGACGAGGAGCCCACAACCCAGACUCUGGUGACGCUGCGUGUUGACCCCUUGGGAUUCUUCCUCUACUGGAACGCGCCCCACAUGGAAGUUGACAUCUUGGACAUCAGCUCCAUUCGAGACACGCGGACUGGGCGCUAUGCCAGAGUCCCAAAGGACCCCAAGUUGCGGGAGAUGCUGGGAUUGGGGGGCUCGGAGCCGCGGCCUGAGGAGAACUUGCUGACUGUGGUGCAUGGCCCGGACCUGGUCAACAUCAGCUUCUUGAACUUUAUCGCAGUGCAGGAGGACGUGGCCAAGGUCUGGACCGAGGAGCUGUUCAAACUGGCUAUGAACAUUCUGGCCCAAAAUGCAUCUCGCAACACCUUCCUGCAGAAAACCUACACCCGGCUCAAACUCCAGGUGAACCAGGAGAGCCGGAUCCCAGUGAAGAACAUCCUGAAGAUGUUCUCAGCCGAUAAGAAGCGUGUGGAGACAGCUCUGGAGUCCUGUGGCCUUAACUUCAAUCGGAGUGAGUCGAUCAAGCCGGACGAAUUCACCCUGGAGAUCUUUGAGCACUUCCUGAACAAGCUCUGCCUGCGCCCUGACAUCGACAAAAUCCUGCUGGAGAUUGGGGCAAAGGGGAAGCCCUACCUGAGCCUGGACCAGCUGAUGGAUUUCAUCAACCAGCGGCAGCGGGACCCGCGGCUGAACGAGGUGCUGUAUCCCCCCCUCAGCCGCGCCCAGGUGCGCCAGCUGAUCGACAAGUACGAGCCCAACCGCCAGUUCCUGGAGCGUGACCAGAUGUCCAUGGAGGGGUUCGGGCGCUACCUGGCGGGGGAGGAGAACAGCAUCGUUCCCCCUGAAAAGCUGGACCUGAGCGAUGACAUGAGCCAGCCACUGAGCAGUUACUUCAUCAACUCCUCCCACAACACCUACCUCACAGCGGGCCAGCUGACGGGGAACUCCUCGGUGGAGAUGUAUCGACAGGUGCUGCUGAGUGGCUGCCGCUGUAUUGAACUUGAUUGCUGGAAGGGGCGGCCCCAGGACGAAGAGCCCUUCAUCACGCACGGCUUCACCAUGACCACCGAGAUCCCUUUCAAGGAGGUGAUUGAGGCCAUUGCUGAAAGUGCUUUCAAGACCUCCCCAUUCCCCGUCAUCCUGUCCUUUGAGAACCACGUUGACUCGGCCAAGCAGCAGGCUAAGAUGGCCGAGUACUGCCGCAGCAUCUUUGGAGAUGCGCUACUGAUUGAUCCCCUGGAGAAGUACCCGCUGCAACCGGGCGUGGUGCUGCCCAGCCCCCAGGAGCUCAUGGGCCGCAUCCUGGUGAAGAACAAGAAGCGGCGGCAGCGGCGGGCGAGCAAGGGCCCCGAGGGAAGUAGCAUCCGCAAACGCCUGCUGGAGUCCACAGUGAGCGACGCGGGGCCAGGCCUCGGGGAUCUGCCCUCACCCCCACCGGGCUCCCCCUAUGUCGAGCAGCACAAGGGGGCCACCCCUCCGGUCAUUGCCAACGGGGAGGAGAAGGCGCCACCGGAGAGACUGGCCAAGCUGGCAGAGCCCCGUAAAUCCAUUGACCGGGAGGCUGACAGCGAAGAGGAGGAGGAGGAAGAGCAGCCAGACCCCAAGAAGCCCACAACAGAUGAGGGCACGGCCAGCAGCGAGGUGAACGCCACCGAGGAGAUGUCCACACUGGUGAAUUACAUAGAACCCGUCAAAUUCAAAUCCUUCCAGGCCGCCAGUAAGCGGGACAAGUCCUUUGAGAUGUCGUCUUUCGUGGAGACCAAGGGGCUGGAGCAGCUCACCAAGAGCCCCAUGGAGUUUGUCGAAUACAACAAGAAGCAGCUAAGCCGCAUCUACCCCAAGGGCACACGGGUCGAUUCCUCCAAUUACAUGCCUCAGCUCUUCUGGAACGCCGGCUGCCAGAUGGUGGCCCUCAAUUUCCAGUCCCUCGACCUGCCAAUGCAGCUGAAUCUGGGCAUGUUUGAGUACAACCGGCGCAGCGGGUACCUGCUGAAGCCCGAGUUCAUGAGGCGUGAGGACAAGCCCUUCGACCCCUUCACUGAGAACAUUGUGGACGGCAUUGUGGCCAACACGGUCAAGGUCAAGAUAAUCUCGGGGCAGUUCCUGUCAGACAAGCGGGUGGGCAUCUACGUGGAAGUGGACAUGUUUGGCCUCCCCGUUGACACCAAGCGCAAAUUCCGGACGCGCCCAUCCCAGGGGAACUCCUUCAACCCUGUCUGGGAUGAGGAGCCCUUCGUCUUUCCCAAGGUGGUGCUGCCCACGCUGGCAUCCCUGCGCAUUGCUGUCUUUGAGGAGGGGGGUAAAUUUGUCGGGCACCGGAUCCUGCCUGUCUCAGCCAUCCGGUCUGGGUACCACUACAUCUGCCUGCGCAGUGAAAGCAACCAGCCACUGAGCCUGCCCGCCCUGCUGGUCUACACAGAAGCAAAUGAUUAUAUCCCAGACGACCACCAGGACUACGCAGAGGCCCUGAUCAACCCCAUUAAACACGUCAGCCUCAUGGACCAGCGGGCAAAACAGCUGGUGGCGCUGAUUGGAGACAGCGAGGAGAAUGCAGAGAAUCCACGGGAAACACCUGGGAAGCAGCGAGCUGAUGUGGUGGCUGAGCCCUCCACGGACCCCCGACAGCCACCCACUGUCCUGCUGCCCCCUGCCGGCAGCCCCAGUGUCGCCAGUCCAGGGCAAAGGGACGACCUCAUUGCCAGUGUCCUUGCAGAGGUAGCCCCCCAGUCCCUGGAGGAGCUGCGGCAGCAAAAGGGCUACAUCAAGCUGCUAAAGAAGCAGUACCGGGAGCUGAAGGAGCUACGCAAGAAGCACAUGAAGAACAUCUCCAGCCUCAACAAGAAGCAGAGCACCCGAGCCAACCAGCUGCACAGCGACAGCCUCCGGCGCCGCUCCCAAGUGGAGCGGAGCCUGCGCCGUGGGCACCAGGAUGCCAACGGCUCGCUGGACGCACUGGAGCAAGAGGUGUCUCGGCAGAAGCUGGAGCUGCAGGAGGGGCAGAUGCGGGGACUGCUGCAGCUGCGGGAAACCCAGCACCAGGUGGAGAGAGCCCGCAAAAAGGAGCACCUGCAACAGGCCCAGCAGCGGCUGCGGGAAAUUGCCCAGGACUGCCAGGCUGCCCAGCUGAAGAGAGUCAAGGAAACAAGUGAGAGGGAGAAGAAGGAGCUGCAGAAAAUCCUGGACCGCAAGAGGCACAACAGCAUCACAGAGGCCAAAUCCCGGGAGAAGCAGAAGAAAGAUGUGGAGCUGACAGAGAUUAACAGGAGACACAUCAACGAAUCAGUGAACUCCAUCCGCAGGCUGGAGGAAGCCCAGAAGCGACGCCAGGAGAAGCUUGUGGCUGGGCAACAGGAGAUCCUACAGCAAAUAGAGGAAGAGGAGCCCAGGCUGGUGGAGGAGCUGGAGCGGGAGUGCGAGCUGGAGGCACAGGCACUGCCCCAGGAGAUCCGCCGCUUCCUCCAAGCUGAGCUGGAGGUGGGGGUGAGAAAUGGGCACCCCCCUGCUGCCCCUCAAGAAGAGGAGGAUGAGAGCACUGUGCUGUGAAGUGGCGGGGGGACCUGGCACAGUGCUCCUGCUGUGGAGAACACCAUGCUGGGAGAUACGCCCCCACCCCACCCCCAGCCACCCCACU